GGCUGACAGUUGACACUCUCCAUCUUGACAUUUCCGACGGUAAUGGCGGACCGAACUUGGACAAUAACAUCUACUUUGUCAAAAUUACGCCUUUAUUUUGUAUAGCGAGAGGUUUUUGGUGUGCUUUUAACCGAGCCUGGAACCGUGCAUUCUUCAUCAAGUGGUCUCAAUAAUCUAGUUGAAGCGAAAAUCGUGCAUUUAAGUUUCGUGUGUUUAUGAUGUUAUUUGUAUUUUUUGUGCUGAUAAUUUAACAUAAGAAGUGUGGCGAAGCAAGGAGCGAUUUUUUCAGUGUCCUACUGCAGUUCCGUUAUGCUAAAAGGUGGCUCGCCCCGCACCAGAUAGCUAUGGCGAAUUUGAACUUUACAAGGAACAUAGGAGGUAGCAGCCUCGGAAGAUCCAGUGUUAGCUUCGGAAGUAACUCUAUGUCUGGUCAUGUUACCCCCGUUUUCGGGCAAAGGGCGCCUUCAGACCGGCGGGGAAUUCCCGCAAUGGGAAAUAGUAGCCAAAUGGGUAACAUGAACUCGUUGGGAGGUUAUAGUUCCUUUAAUUCUGUGUUUGGCUCAGGAGACACUAACACCCCUUCGUUACUGGAUCUUAGUGAAUUUCCCUCGUUAACGAAUCGAAGUUCGGGUGAUAACGUUCCACAGCCGAGCCCCAUGCCGGGGGCGAAGCCCUACGUAGGAAUGGUCAAGCAGCCCACGUCCGAAGCGAGUGAGUUUACUAUGUCGUCAGAGGACUUUCCUGCGUUGCCGGGAACGCAAAAUCGGGAGGGCGUAUCGCCCGGGGGGAGCACGUCGGGGGAGAAAAACAACACGGGGGGUGGAGGCGACGGCUCCUCCAGUGCCCGGGAGAACGACAAAAACAGCGCGAAAUCCGGAAUUCAAACAUCUCCGGACGGUCGAGUGACGAACAUCCCUGCGAGUAUGGUGAACGAUCAGUUCGGUAUUGUCGGUCUUUUAACGUUUAUCAGGGCAGCGGAAACGGAUCCGAAUUUGGUGUCGUUGGCGUUGGGUCAGGACUUGACGGCGCUGGGACUGAAUCUCAACUCACCCGACAACCUUUAUCCUACAUUCGGAGGCCCAUGGGCCGAAUACCCGUGUCGACCUCAAGACAUAGACUUCCACGUUCCUCCUGAAUAUCUCAUCAACCAUGCCAUCAGAGAGAAACUCGCAUCCAUGAAGCUGAGUCGGUACAAAGACGAUCUGCUGUUUUUCAUGUUUUACAAUAGCGUUGGGGAUGUUUUACAACUGGCCGCAGCUAGUGAAUUGUACAGUAGAGAGUGGCGUUAUCACAUGGAGGAGAAAGUGUGGAUAACACAGGUCCCUGGAAUGAUGCUAGCCGAAAAGACUUCCACGUACGAGCGAGGCACUUAUUACUUUUUCGACGCGCAAAACUGGCGAAAAGUCCCGAAAGAAUUCCACUUGGAUUACAGCAAACUUGAAGGCCGGCCUGUCAUCUCGUCAAACCUGCACAAUACAUCGUGAGACGGUGUUAUUCCAUGACUUCGCCCGACUAUGAAUAAAUGAAAAGUGUAUACACUAUAUGAGUUGUUAGCUUUUAAGGUUAAUGCGUCUACUAAAUAAGUGGCAAACUCACUUAUUUACUAGAAUUGGAUAAGUAUUAAUUUUGAAAAAAAGAUUAAAAAGUUAUAUACCUAUACAGUUUUCAUUUUAUUUGUAAAUUUACUGUACAAUAUUAAUAAAUAAUAUGAUUAACUGAUUUUCAA